AUGGCACUCUCUAGGAUACCCAUGCCUUUGCUGCCUGCACCACCGUCUUGGUUUCCUGGGCAUAUGAUGAAGUUCACAAAGCAGCUGCCGACAUUCCUGGCUCGGACAGAUGUUGUCCUCGAAAUCAGGGACUCCCGCUUGCCUCUUACAAGCAUCAACAGAACCCUCGAAGGUGCUUUGCGGAAGUGGAGGCUCGAACGCGGAUGGGAUCCAAACAAUCCCGGGAAGCGAUUGUUCGCAGGCCAAGCUUGCGAACACUUGGUCAUUCUCAACAAACGAGACUUGGUUCCCCAGUGGGGCGUGGAGCCCUUCAAGCGCGCGAUGGCCAAGAAGUUCCCCCAUCAGCAGAUCCUUUUUACCUCAUGGCAUAGACCGAGGGGCAUCCGAACCUUGAAUGAAAUCCUCGUAAUUCUACCCGCCACAGAUAUAGCAAAGCAGCAUCCUCAUGCACUGGAGCUAAACGUUCUCGUCAUUGGAAUGCCGAAUGUGGGGAAGUCAACUUUGCUCAACACCCUUCGUCACAUGGGUAUUAAAGGAGCCACUUCGAAAGCCUUUCAGACGUCCGCGAACCCGGGAAUGACGCAAGCGCUCUCUACCCGCCUGAAGCUCUCCCUGGAUCCUCCAAUUUAUGCGUACGACUCUCCAGGGGUAAUGCUUCCUUAUCUUGGACGCGGUGAGGAAGGAGCCGAGCGAGGUGUUAAACUUGCCCUCAUAGCGGGCAUCAAAGAAGGACUCUACGAUAUGGAAGCUUUGGCUGCUUACCUCCUGUAUCGUUUGAAUGUACUGAAUCCUAUAUCGCCAGCGUACCUACACCUCCUACCCCCUGGAAGCCAACCGACCGCAGAUCUCUACGAAUUCCUCACCCAGCUCGGCCAGAGAAUGGGUAUGAUCAAAAAGCGUGCCGAGGUUGAUCUAGCUCGCGCAGCCGUUUACUUUGUUAGGUGGUGGCGCGAGGAAGGCGGGCUCCUUGCUGCGAAGCCGGCCUCGCAGUACUCGCCUUCCUUGGACGAGCCUUUGGUUGAAGGGUGGGGUUUCGACUUCCAGUGGGAGUGCAGGGCGGACGAGCUUGAGCGCCGUCGCCAGGAACCCGAUGCCUUCUUCGAGGCUAAAAUGGAGCAGUGCAUCGAUGACUACCUCGAUAUGACGAGUCGGGAGGAGCGGGAGGAGAAGAACGUCAGUCCAACUCAGGUCAAGAAACGACACAUGAUGGAGGAGAAGAUGAAACGGCGUCUCAAACAUAAACGGUAG